AUGUGUCGGUCUCGGUAUGGCGAGAAAAAGCAGUAUCAGCUGUCAAGCGACAUUCCGCGAGCCAUCGGUCUUUUCCCAGACAUGAGCGGCUUGGAAAUGCAGCUUUUGGAAACCAUACUACACAAGCAGAUCGACGUGGACAAGUAUCUCGUCGGACCUAGUUUCCGCGAGCAGCAUCAACAGGCGUUUGUCAAUCACUUGAGGGCGGGCAUUGGCAUGCCACUUGUCAAAGAUGCCUUCAUCGCCUGCACCUCGCUGCUGGCGGGAAAUCCGGAGAUGCGACAACUCGCCACCGCACAACAUGUCGGCCAUAGACGAGCCGCCACUGCCAUCGCUGCUCUGCGCCACUUGGAGAUUCCCUACGUCAGCUCCCAGUCCCAGUCUCAGUCCCUGUCUCAUUCCCAGUCCCAUGAUCUAUCAACGGUCCUGAUCCUCGGGGCUGCCAUUGUGACCUUUGCCCUGCACCAUUCUGGAGGCGAGGCAUCACUUUGCCCAUACAUUCUGGGCCUGGUCAAGCCUUUCCAUGACCAGGAUCCGUUGUUCAUGCAACGUCUGGGCUCGGAUGGAGUUGCUUUCCUCAUCUGCCUGCUGGGCACCGAAACCAUCGUUUGUCUGCUCCGAUGCCAAGUGCCUACGAUCAGGCUCAGGCUCAGCCCGCGACCGACCGACUUUAGUCCGCGUCCAGGUGCUGGUGCUGGUGCUGGUGCUGGUGCUGGUGCUGAUGCUGGUCCAGGUCCGCUGGUGGAGGGGGAGGUGGAGGUGGAGGUAGAUCGAUUCAUCGGCAUCGCUGCUCCUCUCUUGACUCAUUUCUACGAUAUCUGCGCGUUGGCACAGCGGAUGCACCACGCUCGCUGCAGAUGGAAAGGGAACAGCAUUCAAGAUGCCAGGAGCUGUCGACGAGGGAACAUGACUCAAGAUGCAAGUAUUCACAAUACUCUCGACACCAUCAACCGCACCCUUGAGCAAUGGCAGCCCAACGUCCCCGACGACUUCCUCCAAGGCCGCUUCACCACCACCGAGACGGUCCUGAUAUUAGCCCAGGCCAAGGUACUGCGCCUCGCCGCUCUCCUGAUGACGCAUCGACUAUCCUGGGCCUAUGGCUCUGAGGACGCCAAGGCCGCCGCCAUGUCCCGCGGCGUUCGGGACGAGCUGGACAUCAUGCUGCGCGUGACGGGUCGCUCGGUGCCCUUCGUCGACCUGGCUUACUUGGUCGCGUGCUUCGAGAUCACUGAUCCUGCGGAACGGCGGGCCGCCGUGGCUAAAUUGCCUUUGGUCGUGGAUUUCUCCCCUCGCGCCUGCCGGGAGAUGGAGACUGCGCUGGUCUCGUUCUGGGCGGCUAGAGAUGAUGAGGCCGGGCCUUCGAUCUACUGGGAUGAUAUUGGGUCUCGCAUUCUCGCGGGAGGGCGUCAGCCUUGA